AUGAGUAAUAAAAUUAGAAGUCAUAAUAUAAAUGACUAUUAUCAUGAUAGAUUGGAUCAAUCUUUUAAUAAUGUGAAUAUCACUUUCAUGAACACUCUUCGGGGUCCAAUCUAAAUCAAUGAUCUAAACAAAACAGUUCAUGACAUUCCAAGUUGUUUUGGCAGAAAAACUCUUUCAACUGAAAAAAGUCAUACCACUAAGGAUGUAGAAAAGAUAGCAAAUAUUUCUAUGUAUGAACACUUGAUACGCAAUAGAAUUGGGGUUAAACCACUUUUAGGUUCUGUAAUUUUCGAAACUUCUCUAAGAAAUACCAAGAAGCGAUCAAUCUCAUAAGUUUAAGAGUCUAAGCCACUAAAGUAAAUCAACAAAAGAAAAACCACAUUACCAAAAGUAAUGAAGGAUCCUUUUAUUGAAAUUUAAGAAAAAAACAUCAAUACAUAUCUACAUUGUCUCAAAGAGGAAGGAUAGGGAACAAUUAAAUCAGCUUAAGUAGAAUGGGUAACUUCAUUAAAAUCAGAAAAAAAAAAGAGAAAAAAAAAAUGA